ACUCAGAGAGUGAGAUUUUAGAGCUUUUGUAUGUGCCUUGCUACCGGCCAGGGGAAGAUAAUAGUUGUCUAAUUUGCAAAGAGCCAAAGAGCCCACGGAAUGUACAUGGAAUGUCACCAGACACAACUGUCAACGCUGGAAAAGCAAAAUUUGUGCACCUCGUUGUCGAUGUUCUGGUUAGUUUGUGAUUUCCAUGGAGUUUAAUAGCGAAAUGUCUUCACAGUUUGGACUAUGUUGAUAUACAAGAAGCUUGUUUGAAAACUCAUCUCUUAUGGUGAGUUUGCGAAUGGCUGAAGUGAUAGCUCUGAGUGAUAAUAUUCUUCUACGAUAAUCGGAACUUUAGGAAAUACUGGCCAAUGUUCUUUAUUCAUUGUCGAACAUUUGGCUGUUUGCGAACUGAUGUUGGUGUGAAAGCUUCAACAUUGGCCGACCAUUAAGCUGAGUGAGCUGAGCAAAGUUGAACCGCUGCGAAUUAUUCGUUGCGAAUUUUUGACGUCAACAUUCGUAUCGCAUUCGCAUUCGCAGGAAGUAUGAUCCCGGGCUUAAGUGGAAAUACACGGCCCAAACUUUGACGAACUUGACAGUGACAAAAGACUGAGAAAGCCGAGGGGACGGACCCUUCAGCAGGCGUAUCCAGCGGGGUGGGAACACCACCAGUCAGGGCAGAGCGUCCAGGCCAAACCAGUGGAUAGCUUCAUUGAUCUGGAGAUGUUUCAAGAUCAAGAAUGUGAUUAAAGGAAAGAGACUACACAGAAUUGUUUGUGCUGACUUUGACUUUGACUUCAUCUACAUCUACAUCUAUCCAGCUACUUGUCAAAGCCUCGUGGAAAUUCACAUAGAUCUAUGAUGUCAAAGGUUAUGUUUCCUGUUAUCAUGUUUGAAGUAUUCUAUGGAAUGUUGGUUUUAGUCUGAGUACUGGUUGCCUCAGGAUGCUGGAGUGCUAAUGAUUGCGUGUGCGAGUAUAAUGAUAUAACCAUAUGCUGUUUUUUGCCGAUGAUGAGGAAAAUGUUCAUCAAAUAAACAGAUCUGGUGAAACUACUGGUGUACACAAAGAACCAUGCUACCAAGAAUGAGUGUUUCUAUGGACAGGGUAAAGGAAGAAAUAGACGGGGAGGCGGAUGGGGUUGAACGAUCAGCCAGCGCACAUCUACAGUCCCUCCGUGCCGCUCAGACCAAACAAGACAACAAAAUCAGAAUAAACGUUGGUGGAGUCCGCCAUGAGACUUAUAAAUCUACUCUCCGGAACAUCCCAGAUACAAGAUUAGCUUGGCUCGCCCAGUCAACCUCAACAAACAGUACUGAUUAUGACCAAGUUAAAGGCGAGUUUUACUUCGACCGGCAUCCUCGGAUGUUCGAUGCCGUCUUGAACUACUACCGCAUCGGGAAGCUUCAUGCCCCGAGAGACGUCUGCGGCCCGGUGUUCGAAGAAGAACUUCAGUUCUGGGGGAUUGAUGAGAAGCAGAUUGAAGCAUGUUGUUGGUCUUACCACACCCAGCACCGAGACGCCCAAGAGACCUUAGCGAAGCUAAAUGGACCAAACUUAGAGAAUACUGACAGUGAAGACGACGAGGAUGUUGCUAAGAUAUUUGGUAUUGAGGAGGUUUAUGAAAGGACAAGAACGAGUUGGUAUGGAAGGUGGCAACCAAGAAUCUGGACGCUGAUGGAAGAACCGUAUUCAUCUCGAGCUGCUAAGCUUUUUGCAGCAAUCUCUCUCAUAUUCGUCGUUCUUUCAAUUACAACAUUUUGCCUGGAAACUAUGGAAGUUUUCCAAAUCAGCAAACCGGGCAAACCCGUCGAAACAGCCGAGUUCCUGUUCGUCAUCGAAGGUGUUUGUGUUACCUUCUUUACUCUAGAACUUAUAGUCCGGCUCAUCUUCUGCCCAAGUAGACUCCGGUUCCUGAUCUCUGCAGAGAACAUCAUAGACAUCCUAGCUGUCAUACCUUUCUAUGCGGAUCUGGGUAGCCGGAUCAGCAGGGUGCUUUUAGACGGCGUUGUGAACGACUUCUUUAAUUUCCUACGGAUCGUUCGGAUUUUCAGGAUUUUCAAACUCGCUCGUCACAUAUCCGGAUUGAAGAUUUUGGUACAUACGGUCAAAGCAAGCGCCAAGGAACUAAUGUUGAUGAUAGUAUUUGUGACUCUGACUGUACUGAUCUCAUCAAGUCUUAUUUACUACGCGGAGAAGUGGACUCUAUAUCCUUCGAAUAGCACUUGUGAGGCAGAGAGUGACUUUACGGACAUUCCGAUUGGAUUCUACUGGGCGAUUGUGACUAUCACCACGGUGGGGUACGGGGACGUUGUUCCUCGCUCGUGGCUCGGGAGGAUUAUUGCCGGAAUGACGGCAGUGAUUGGAGUCCUGACCCUGGCCCUACCAAUCCCGGUCAUCGUCAAUAACUUCUCUCUGUAUUACACUCAUGCACAAGCGAGUCAGAAGCUACCGAAGAAGCGGAAGAGGGCUCUGGUAGGAGCAGCUGACGUCUUGAAGACGCAGGGAAACCAAAUGGCGUCUUCUAGCAUCAGUGGAUACUCAACUCAAUCCACUAAUGAAUAUGAUACGAACAGCAUCAGGAGUGAAGACAGUGCUUUAAGAACCAUUUCCGGAGCCGUUACGUCAAAUGGUAGCGUGAGAAUGCCGUCUUCAGCCGUGGGUGAAAAGACGCAGAUCUCGGUAUACUUUACCGACGAAGUGAUGGAGAGCCCGACGAGGUCUCGGUCUCCUUUAUCCCCGAGUCAAGGAGGACUAGGGAAGUUAUCUCCGUCACAACAGCGGAGAAUUGGAAAGAGGGCGAGUCUUAUGCCAACUGGACAUGCAGGGGUUGGAAGGAGGGAAAGCUUUGCGCCAAAUGGUGCCGCAAACAGGCAAAAUGGGCGCAGUCGAUCAUUAGUCGCAGGGGCGUUGCGUCCACCUCCCCGUAGACGAUCCCUUCUACCCUCUAUGACGGAAGUGGAUGUGUGACGUCACUGGUUACUUGGAAACGGACACCAUAGCAGCUGCAUGUUGGUUGACAUUGUGUGUGUUUGCUGUCCUUCCUUCACGCCUACGUUUACCGCUUUUUAUUUGUAGUACUUGGAAAUAGAUUCUUUGUAAGAGAAAGGACAUGGCGUUCGUGUAGAAGCUUUGUCUGAUCAAAAUAUUACCAGAGCCCAAUUUCAUAGAGCU